UCCAAAGUUUCAUCUGAGACAAGGCAAGUUCCUUCCACCUAUGAGCCUGUAAAAUAAAAAACAAGUUAUUUACUCCCUAGAUACAAAGGGAUUGUAGUGUAGUAGUGGGUAAACAUUCCCAUUUCCAAAGGAAGAAAUUGACCAAAAGAGAGGGGCUGUGUAGGCCCCGUGCAAAUCUGAAACCAAGCAGGACAGUCAUUAAAUUAUAAAGCUCCAAAAUGAUCUCCACUGACUCUGUGUCCCACAUCCAGGGCACACUGGUGCAAGGGGUAGCUUCCAAGGCCUGGGGCAGCUCUGUCCCUGUGACUUUGCAAGGUUCAGCCCUUGUGGCUGCUUUCCCUGGUUACUGAGUGCCUGCAGCUUUUCUAGGAGCAGGUGCAAGCUGCUGGAAUAUCUGCCGUUCUGGGAUCUGGAUGAUGGUGCCCUUCUUCUCACAGCUCUAGUAGGCAGUGCCUCAGUGGGAACUCUGGCGGGUGCUCCAACUCCACGUUUCCCCUUGGCACUGCCCUAGUAGAAGCUCGCUGUGAAGGCUCCACUCCUGCAGCAGGCUUCUGCCUUGGCACCCAGGCAUUCUCACAAAUCCUCUGAAACCUAGCUGGAGGCUGCUAAGCCUCCUUUACUCUUGUACACUGUGUACCUUCAGGCUUCAUACCACAUGGAAACCACCAAGGCCUGUGGCUUGCACCCUCUGAAACAGCAGCCCAAGCUGUAUCUGGGGUCCUCUGAGCUGAGGCUAGAGCUGGAGAGGGGAGCAGUGUCCUGAGGCUGUGUGGGGCAGCAGGCCCUGGCCUGCAAAACCAUUCUUUCCUCCUAGGCUUCAGGGCCUAUAAUGGGAGGGACUGCCUUCGAGACAUCUGGAAUGUUUUGGAGACCUUUUUCCCGUUGCCUUGGCUAUCAGCCUUUGGUUCUCUUUUUAGUUACGUGAAUAUCUUAAGUAAAUGGUUGUUCCACAGCCUGCUUGAAUUCCUCUCACCAAAAACACUUUCUUUUUGCCACAUGGCUGGGCUGCCAAUUUUCUGAACUUUUAUGCUCUGCUUUCCUUUUAAAUAUAAAUUCCAGCUUUACGACAUUUCUUUGCUCCCAUAUAUGGUUGUAGGUUGUUAGAAGCAGCCAGGAGACAUCUUAAAUGCUUUGCUCAUUAGAAAUUUCUUCCUUCAGGUACCCUAGGCCAUCACUUUCAAGUUUAAGCUUCCACAGAGCCUUAGGGCAUGAACAGAAUGCAGCCACGCUCUUUGCUGUGGCAUAACAAGAGUGAGCUUUGCUCCAGUUCCCAUUUUCAGCUCAGCUGUUACCUCUUCUGGCAUGUAGUGGAGACAUAUUCUAUAUUUGGUUAACUAACAAGUUAUAAAGAAAUGGAAGAACGAGCUUCUAAUCUUACGAGGACACCAUCAGCCAAUUACUGCUAUAGCUUUUGGAAAUAAAGUGAACCCACUUCUAAUCUGCUCGGCAUCGCUGGAUUACAUUAUGAUGUGGAACCUGGAUGAAUGUAGAGAGAAAGUACUUCAAGGGCGGGUCCCUCGAGGGACUGUCAUGGGCUCGCUUUUGGGAAAGGUGCUGUGUUUACAGUUGAGCCCGGAUGAUCAUGUUGUUGCCGUAUGUGCUGGAAACAAAGUAUUCACACUGGAUAUUGAGACUCAGGCUGUCCAGGCCGAGCUGCAGGGCCACCUGGGCCCAGUGACUGCGGUGGAGUUCUGUCCCUGGCAAGCAGGCACCCUCAUCUCCGUGUCCGAGGACAGAGGCUUUAAGGUCUGGGACUAUUGUACAGGAUCAUUAAUAUACAGUUCAUCUGUGUUAUCAGCAUAUCCUCUUCUCAGCUUGUUCAUUGAUGCAGAAAGCAGGCAGCUGGUCGCCGGGUGUGCUGACGGCCAGCUCUGGAUCUUCAGUUUGAUGGAUGGACACCACUAUCGUCGUGUGGCACGGGUUGACCUAAGGAAGAAGACAGAGACUUUCUCCACGAGAAGGCUUAAGUCUGGGCUCUGCAGUCGGCCAGAAGAAAGCCAGCUUCCAUCUACAAGUGUUCUGGGAAGAGGAGAGCAGGUUGAAGUAACAUUUCCCAUACUGAGACUUGCACCCUGCGAUCUCUCACUCAUCCCAAAUUCUGCAUGUGGAUGUCUUUCUUCUGAGAACACCCAAUGCGUGUGGAUUGGAAGUUCGUUGGGCUUAUUCAUAUUUAACCUGGCAAACCUGGAAGUGGAAGCUGCUUUGUAUUACAGGGAUUUCCAGAGCCUCAGCAUCCCGCUGGCCGGAUCGUGUGCCCUGAGGAACCGCACCGCAGAUCGCAAGACGCUGUGCUUGCUGGCCUCCCUCUUUGGCGGGAAGAUCGCCGUGUUGGAGAUCGACCCGGCCGCGCUGGUCAGGGCUCAGCAGUGCCCCGGCUUGAGGCAGAGCCUCUCGGUGCCAGCCAGCUCCUGUGUCCUACCGACCUCUCCACUGUAUCUGGGAAUUGCCAAGGAGAAGAGCCCCAAGGCUGCUAGUGGACGGCGAUGUGCUGCACAGAACGUCAUGAAGGACCAGCGCCUGGUUUUCCACAGUAAAGUCAGAUCAUCUGGUUAUGCGUCAGCACCACAUGUGACUAUGUUUUCACCAAAGACCAACAUCAAAAGUGAGGGGAAAGGAUCUUCAAGACGCAGGAGCCGCUGUGCACGGGAGCCGUACCCCGUGGAGUGCGCUGUGCCCACCAAGCCCGGCCCCCAGGUUGCCGCCGCCCCCACCUGCACACGCGUGUGCUGCCUCCAGUACUCAGGAGAUGGGCAGUGGCUGGCCUGUGGGUUGUCCAACCAUCUAUCACUCGUUUUUGGUGCCAGCCUGACUGGGACACCUGCUGUGUUUUCAGGUCACGACGGGGCAGUGAACACCGUGUGCUGGAGCCAGGACCGGAGGUGGCUGCUCUCUGCAGCCCAGGAUGGGACCCUGCGGGUGUGGUCAGCUCGUGGGGCAGAGCUCGUACUGCUUCUGGGCAGGGACAUGUUUUCUAAACCGAUACAGUCUGCACAGUUUUAUUAUAUAGAUGCCUUCAUAUUGUUAUCUUCUGGCCCUGAAUUUCAGCUACUGAAGUAUCACAUUGACACUUGCAAAGAUGAGAUGAAGAGAUAUAAACAGAAGAGCAAGUCCAAGCUGAUUUGCAGGCUCUCCACGACGGGUGCAGUAGACAUGACCAGUCUAUCAGCAGUCAACGACUUUUAUUCCCAUGUCGUUCUCGCAGCUGGCCGGAACAGGACCGUGGAAGUAUUCGACCUCAACGCCGGCUGCAGUGCAGCGGUGAUAGCAGAAGCCCACUCGCGGCCUGUCCAUCAAAUCUGCCAAAAUAAAGGUUCAUCAUUUACAACCCAACAGCCUCAGGCUUAUAACCUCUUCCUGACCACGGCCAUUGGCGAUGGGAUGAGACUGUGGGACCUGAGAACCCUGAGGUGUGAGCGCCACUUUGAAGGGCAUCCAUCCCGCGGCUAUCCAUGUGGAAUUGCUUUCAGUCCUUGUGGGCGAUUCGCGGCUUGUGGGGCCGAGGACAGACACGCUUACGUGUAUGAAAUGGGCUCGAGCACGUUUUCUCACCGGCUGGCUGGGCACACAGACACCGUCACUGGAGUGGCCUUCAACCCAUCCACGCCCCAGCCUCUGGUUCCUGAGUGGUUGCCGGCAGACUUGGGCUUCCAUGGACCUGUUUGAGAACCACUGGUCUCCCCAAGCCCUCUUGAGGAGAAACUCUUCCUGGUGGAGCUGAUGCUCCCUCUCCUGUUUGCAGUGCGGUUUCGGCAGCUCCCUCGGGUCUCUGGAGCACAGAUGCUGCUUUUCUGCGCUGUGUUCUCAGCACUGGUGCUGGCGGCCCUUCCUCCCAGCUUUAUGUCUGGUCUGCAGAGUGGCUGGGGUGCAAAGGCCGGCCUCUCCAGGAACACAGUGGACCGCUGCUCUGACUCCUCUUCUGUGGGAUUCCUACUUUAUUCUCAGAGUUGCAGCCCCCAAGUUGGUGUGGAAAGAGAAGUGCAGGUCCUGGGGGCAUCCUAAAAAGCAGGACUCGCAGCCCUGGGUUUUGCUUCUCCUAAGACGGGAAUCAGUUGUGGGGCGAGGGGACUGGAAGAGCUUCCAACCUUUCUUCCCGGCCAGUGCAGUUUUACUGUUUCAGAGCGUGGCACAGGUGUGGGCCACACCGUGUUUCUCAGCACGCCGCCUCGGUCUUGCUUGCGGUUACUGGAAGCACCUCCUAGGCUCGCGCUAGAGCGUCUGCGCCUGGUGCUCUGUGUGAAGUUCUCAUCUUCUGCUGUUGGGGAGUGUCAGGGAGGCCCCCAGGAGUUCCUGGCCUGGCUCCAUUUAGCCAGGGAGUCUCUAUAAGAAGCCAAGCUACUUAGAGCUUGAGGACAUCUUACUGGGAAUCUUGCACUGGCCAGAAAGUGAUACUCCUAAACUAGUCAGUGUACUUUAUGGCUCCACCACAGGCACAUGCACUGUUGUGCCACCAUCAAUGAGGGUGCCCUUCUCAGUAGCUCCCCCAACCCAAACUCCUCACACCUGUAGGGAAGGGCCCCAUUCAAAUGGUGUUUCUCACGGACAAAACCCAAGUGUGCAUGACUGACCUACAUGAUGCCAGAUGUGUGGCAUCCCUGGUCCUCCCCAACAGCACCAGUCACCCCAGGUGUCACUGUCACAGUCCAGAAUGCCUGACUCAUUUCCAGAGGUCCCCCAGACAGCCCCACCUGGCUCGAGCUGCUGCCCAUCAGACUCUGGGCCCUGCAGACAUUUUUGUUGACUUGGUUGGUGCCUGCGGCUCCCGGGCAUUGCCCAGCACUUGCGGUGUGUCUAUGUGGGAUGCCUCCCCUCUGCCCUGGCCUAUUCUGUAUUUUUUAAAAAUAAAGCCAAGUGUAGAGUAAAUAUUAAUUUUGUUUUUGGAGUUCAGUUCCCAGUUUCAAUGUCCACACCUGUUAUCCACUGUCUCAAAUGCACAGCUGUGCCAUUGAUCUUAGUCAAGCGCAGACUAUGGCUGAUUUGGUUACCAAAUUCAGUUCUGAUACUGUCUGAAUCCCCCACACUGGAAUCUGACUAUCCUUUUCAGAAAGCAUUUCUACAUGAUGUAUGCGUGGCCGUCUCGCAACACCCAGGGUGAGAAUGAGUGCUCCAGUAGUCUCUAACGUUGCCUCAAUUCCAACAGGCCCCGGAAUUCAGGUUCCUUGGCUGUUUGAUUUAAACAAUACAAAGAUACUCGGUACAUGCCCAUCUUAAUAAAUGACGGAACAAUGAAAACCAAUUAAUGGUCAUCAUCAAAAUAUUUACGUCGUUUCUCAUCACGUGACAUGGUUUGAGAGUCUCUUCGAGGCCCCCGGGACAGUGGCCACUCUCAGGGUCUGUGGCAGGUGCUGGAGGUCCGGCCCCUCUGUGGGGUGGGGACUCCCUUCCAGGAGCCAGGGCUGUCAGACCACCUUGCCCUCACCACUGUCCAGAUGAGGAGGGCUGCUGUCUAGCCACAAGCUUUCUUCCCUGGUGUCACUCUCAGAAUUGACUUGAGAAAUUUUAGAAAUCAGAACCAGAGCUUUGUCUAGUGGUGCUAUUUCUUACAUAGUUGAUCUGGUUUCUUCUAAUGAAUAACAACAGACAAAACUGAGCUAUUGAAGACACAUUGAUCCAAAAAGUAAAAACUGAGCUCAUAAUUAUCAGUUAAUUAGGUGCAGUGGCUCAUGCUUUUAAUCCCAACACUUUGGGAAGCCGAGGCAGGAGGAU